AUGCGGGGACUCCGCUUUAUCCCCGUCGUCGCGAGCCUCGGCUCCUUCCUACUGCCAUCAUCGUUUGUUCUUGCGGAGGGGGAGACGAAGAUACAUGAAGAGGGCCGCUGUGCUAUACGGGGUCAUUGUGGGAAGCAAUCGCUUUUUGGGGGUGAACUGCCAUGUCCCGAUAAUGGGCUUGCGCGAGUCCCGGAAGUCUCGGUGAGAGAGAAGCUGGUUGGGCUAUGUGGAAAGAAAUGGGAAGAUAGUCCGGUUUGCUGUGAAGAGGAGCAGGUCGACGCGCUCGCUUCGAACUUGCACCUUGCCGAAGGCAUCAUCGCAUCUUGUCCGGCGUGCAGGAAUAACUUUUUCGACAUCUUCUGCACGUUUACGUGCUCCCCUAAUCAAUCUCUUUUCGUUAAUGUCACCCAAACGGUGAAGAAGUCUGGAAAAUACUUGGUUACAGAAUUGGACAAUGUUUGGUCGGAAGAGUAUCAGAGUGGCUUCUACGACAGCUGCAAGAAUGUCAAGAAUGGAGCCUCUGGUGGUAAAGCUAUUGAUUUUAUCGGCGGUGGCGCAAAGAACUACUCCCAGUUCUUGAAGUUCCUAGGAGACAAGAAACUCCUAGGUAGCCCGUUCCAAAUCAACUACCACACCGAACCAACUGGAUCAGACCCUCAAGGCAUGCGGCCACUUUCAAUGAAGCCAAAAGCUUGUAAUGACCCGGAUCCGGCCGUCCGUUGCUCAUGCGUGGACUGUCCGGACGUUUGCCCGGAAUUACCUGCAGUUGGCGUGGACAAACAGUGCCACGUGGGUCUUCUACCUUGCCUGUCUUUCUCGGUCAUCCUUAUAUACUCGGUAUUCCUCCUGUUUGUCAUGGCUUUGUCUAGUUAUGUCACGUACAAGGAACGACGUCACCGCAAGCCUGAGCGGGUCCGCCUCCUUCAGGAUCCGACCCCAAGCGACGAUGAAGAUGAGGGUGAUAUCGUCCACAACGGAGGCUAUAUGGAACAGCCACAAGGUAUAUACAGAUUGAACUCCGCACUGGACGCUAUCUUCAAUCGUCUUGGUGGCUUUAGUGCUCGAUUCCCGGCGCUCACAAUCACAUCAAGUAUUAUUGUGGUUGGACUUAUGAGCUUGGGUUGGCUUAGAUUCGCGGUCGAGACGGACCCAGUUCGUCUAUGGGUAAGCCCUACUUCAGAAGCUGCUCAAGAGAAGGCAUACUUUGAUGCGAAUUUCGGGCCAUUCUAUCGGGCCGAGCAAGUUUUCCUCGUCAAUGACAGUUCUCCUACUGUAGAUGGCCGAGUUCUCAGUUACGACACGCUGAGUUGGUGGUUUGGCGUUGAAUCGAGAGUCCACCGUAUGAUCUCUCUGAAUCUGGGACUUUCGCUAGACGAUGUCUGCUUUAAACCGACCGGAGACGCAUGCGUUGUUCAAUCUCUAACUGGUUAUUUUGGCGGCUCAGCAUGGAAUCUUCAACCCGACACCUGGGAAGAGCGACUCAGGCAUUGCACGGAAUCGCCCGGUGAUGUGAGCUGCCUUCCUGAGUUUGGACAGCCUCUGAAGCCAGAAAUGAUUCUGGGGGGAUAUGAAAACACGAAUGAUGUGCUCGACGCUUCGGCAUUAGUUGUAACAUGGGUUGUCAACAGCCAUGAACAGGGAACUGAAGGUGAAGCCAGAGCAAUUGACUGGGAAGACAGCGUCAAGCGGAUCUUCGAAGUUGUCCAGGAAGAAGCGAGCGAGCGCGGUCUACGUGUCUCUUUCAACACGGAAAUAAGCCUUGAACAAGAACUGAACAAGUCCACGAACACUGACGCCAAGAUUGUGGUUAUCAGCUAUAUCAUCAUGUUCAUUUAUGCGUCAUUUGCUCUAGGCUCGGUAACUGUGACCUGGAAGUCGUUGCUUGCUAAUCCCGCCAAUGCUCUUGUUCAGUCGAAGUUCACCCUUGGCAUUGUCGGUAUUAUCAUCGUUCUUAUGUCUGUUUCUGCUUCGGUCGGGCUGUUUUCUGCGGCAGGUGUCAAGGCGACAUUGAUCAUUGCGGAGGUUAUUCCCUUCCUUGUUCUGGCUGUCGGUGUGGACAAUAUCUUUUUGAUAGUCCAUGAGUUUGAAAGAGUUAACAUCAGUCACCCCGAUGAAGAGAUUGAUGAAAGGGUUGCUCGCGCAGUGGGAAGAAUUGGACCAAGCAUUUUCCUAUCUGCUCUUACUGAAACUGUUGCGUUCGCCUUGGGCAUUUUUGUCGGAAUGCCCGCCGUGAAAAACUUUGCUGCUUACGCUGCAGGUGCCGUCUUUAUCAAUGCUCUUCUGCAGGUCACUAUGUUCAUUUCGGUCCUUGCCCUGAAUCAGAGACGUGUGGAGAGUCUCCGGGCAGACUGCAUUCCCUGCCUUACCGUUCGCAAAGCGAAUUCGUCUGGUAUGUCAGAGGACCAGCUCUAUGAUGAUCAAGAAGGAGAAAGCCUUUUGCAAAGAUUCAUCAGAAAAAUAUACGCACCCUGUUUGCUUGGACGCAGGGUCAAGAUUGUUGUUGUGAUUACUUUCUUGGGAGUUUUGACUGCUUGCUUGGCUUUGAUACCGGAAGUGGCUCUUGGAUUGGACCAGCGCAUCGCACUUCCGAGCGAUUCCUAUCUGAUACAAUAUUUCAACGAUCUGGAUUCCUACUUCCAGACUGGGCCCCCGGUCUAUUUUGUUACACGGGACGUGAAUGUGACUGAGCGAAGACACCAGCAACAGCUCUGCGGACGAUUCACAACGUGUGAGGAGUACUCAUUGCCGUUUGUCCUUGAACAGGAGUCUAAGCGUCCCGACGUCUCCUAUAUCUCUGGAUCCACCGCUAGCUGGAUUGAUGACUUCUUUUAUUGGCUGAACCCUCAGCAGGACUGCUGCAAUGAAGACGGUGAGCGUUGCUUCGAGAGCAGGACCCCUGCAUGGAACAUUUCUCUUUCUGGCAUGCCUGAAGGCGACGAGUUUGUCCACUAUGCGCAAAAAUGGAUCGAGGCGCCUACCGACGCAACGUGCCCUCUGGGAGGAAAAGCUCCGUAUAGUAAUGCCCUCGUCAUCGAUCCGAAGCGCAUCACGACCAAUGCUAGCCAUUUCAGGACUAGUCACACUCCCCUCAAGACCCAAGAUGACUUCAUCAAUUCGUACAAGUCGGCCCGUCGUAUCGCAGAUGGUAUCUCGGAAGACUUUGGCAUUGAUGUGUUUCCAUACGCGAAGACUUACAUCUUCUUCGAUCAAUAUGUCUCCAUCGUGCAGCUGACGGGUGUUUUGCUUGGGUCUGCCGUUGCUAUAAUUUUCAUCUUGACAUCUGCCAUCCUUGGAUCUGUUGCAACUGGUGUAGUCGUCACUAUCACUGUGGUGAUGAUUGUCGUCGAUAUUAUUGGUUCUAUGGCAAUUGCCGGCGUGUCACUGAACGCGGUAUCCCUGGUCAAUCUGAUCAUCUGCGUUGGAAUCGGUGUUGAAUUCUGUGCUCACAUCGCUCGGGCGUUCAUGUUCCCUUCGCGUGCCAUUCUAGAGAAGUCACCAACCAAGUUCCGGGGCAAGGAUGCGCGGGCAUGGACCGCCUUGGUUAACGUUGGAGGAAGUGUCUUCAGCGGCAUUACGGUGACGAAACUACUUGGUGUUUGUGUCCUUGCCUUUACACGAAGCAAGAUCUUUGAGAUCUACUACUUCCGUGUCUGGCUGGCGUUGGUGUUGUUCGCAGCUACCCAUGCAUUGAUCUUCUUACCAGUGGCUCUCAGCUAUUUCGGUGGUGAAGGUUAUUCUGAUCCCGGAUCGGAUGGAGGCCUGGAAGAAAACCUGGCGUCCAGGGGCUACCGGUCGAUGUUGGUCGACGAAGAUUACGAUACUGACGAAUACUAA